CCUAUGGCCAGCCGUUCGUGUCCACGAACGGAUGAAAAGAUAGCUUCGCUGGGAACCUCGACUAAACCUGCACCCACGUGUUGCGUUGUAUAUCUUUUUUAUUUCAUUCUUUUGGUGAGAGCGUGGCUGUGGCCGAUACUUUUUCUUUUAUACAUGGGGGUUCAUUUUUUUUUAUUUUUUUUUAUAUAUUGCUUGAUUUCGUCUUCCCAUUCCUUGGCGUUGGUACGGGAUCAUAUGGCUGCCCAGAGCAGUGCGGUGUGCACUGUCCUCUCUGUUAUACGGGCCUGCUUUGUUUGUAUUUUCUUAUCCGGCGUUCACGGGGUCUCAUCUCUUUUCUUUCGGGCUGCCUUGCUACCUCACUCACCUUCACUGGACAUGAACGAGAUAUUCCAUUCCAUGACCUCCCAAAUGCAGCAGUAACGACUACCAUGUAUUAACGACAAGGCCAUUUUUUCUUCUUCUUUUACCCAAGCGAGAGAGCGAGGACUUGACUGAGCCGACAACAAUAUCAUCAAUGCACAAGCGAAAUUCUACUAUCGUCACAAUAUACUCGACAAGACUGUGAAGAAAGGUGACACGCACGAGGAGGACCAACCCUCGUAUCAGCAAUUCUUCUUGGCAAGAUCACCAGCCAAUUCCUAACCAUUGAUGGGGGCAACCACCUUGGAGAGCUCCAGCUCAGUCAAACACCCGACCAAUUCAACACCAAUACUUACGCUCAGAGGGAGAUACUUGCACAAUCCCACACAUAUAACACCAUAUAUAAAUCCAAUGAUGAACCAGACAUCGACCAACAGGGACUUGGAAAGGGGUGAAUGGGGCAUUUUCAGCAGACAGAGGAGAAACGGAGCUUCAAGAGGAACGAACGAACACCUUACGACUCCAGGGACGACAUUGACGACGGAUCCGGCCACUUUUACUGCUACUACUAUCACAUAGGCAUUUUUUGAUUCUCAUAGCUUCAGAGGGAUGAAUACUUUGUCCGUUCUCUCUUUCGGCGCGAACACCUCAUUGCUUUCAGGUUGAUAAGUAGGCAAAUCUAUCUAUCUAUCUAGAUGAUGAUAAUGAAAUAAUGAUGAAACAG